AGAGUGAAGGAGAAGGUGCAACUUGUUUUCCUCUGGAGCUCAAAAUCUCUUCAGUUCAACCUGCCGCUCAUCAGAGAUCCAGACAGACUGACAUCAGGAUUUUUAAAGCCUCAUUCCAGCAGAACUUCGACAAUGAAGCUGGUUUCAGUCGUCGUCCUGCUCCUGGCUCCAAUGUUGACCAGCUGCUACCCUCCUGUUCUGCCCAAGGACUGCAGUGACAUCAAUAAUAAUCCAGACACCCAAACCAGUGGAGUGUACACCAUCUAUCCCAUCAGAUCCACGUAUGCCAUCCAGGUGUACUGCGACAUGAACUCAGAAGGAGGACGCUGGACGGUGUUCCAGACGAGGAUGGACGGCACAGUGAACUUCUACAGGGGCUGGGAUCAAUACAAGACCGGCUUUGGUAACCCUGCUGGAGAGUACUGGCUGGGUCUUGAGAACAUCUACCAAUUGACACGCAAUCGCAAGUCCGAGCUGCUGGUCCAAAUGGAGGACUUUGAAGGAAACAAAGCGUUCGCUCGUUACUCCUCAUUCUUUAUCGAUGCUGAGUGUGAUGGAUACAAACUGACUGUUUCUGGAUUCUUCAACGGAGGAGCAGGAGACUCCAUGAGUUAUUUCAACGGAAUGAAGUUCUCCACCUUUGACAGAGACCAGGACUCCUCUGGAGGGAACUGUGCCAGAUCAUUCCUGGGGGCGUUCUGGUACAACAACUGUCAAACUACAAAUCCAAACGGUGUUUAUCUUUGGGGGGCUGACAGCACUAUCCCUAAUCCUGGAGUGGAUUGGUCCUCCUGGAAAGGUUAUAACUACUCCCUGAAGAUCAUCAGCAUGAUGAUCCGUCCUCUGGUGUAGUUCUCCAGGACCAACGUCCAGCAGAAUAUCAGCUCAUCUCUUGUGAUUUCUUUCUCUUUCUCUCAUUAAUCAUUUAAUCUCACAACAGGUUUUAUUUUCCUGAAACUGGGCACCAACACAAGAAAACCAACUGAUGUCUGUAAAUCUUGUUAGAGUCUGUGAUGGUUUAAAUCAGUCGCAGCUCGCUGCAACGUGGAAGAAAAGUCAGAUGUGUCUCCAGUUGGGCGGCUGCAGCAGGAAAGUAGGGCCCAUAAUCUUUAAAUGGAAACACAUAUAUAGUCUGAUCAGGUGUUAAUCACUGCAUGAACUGAUAACAUGAGUCUAAAA